AUGGACACGCCGCCAGAUGCGCCAGCAAUGUCUUCUGCACCGCUACAACCCGCGACGUCGUCUGCAGCAGUCAAGACCCACGACGACUGCAUUGCGACAUCACCUUCAACACCACUAACCAAGCCGGAGCAGCAGCAGCUGACGCCGUCUGACUGUCGCACGCUGAAAAAGAUACUGGACGACGCUAACGGUUCUCCACCAGCACUAUCACCCGCCAAGAAACAACAGGACGGGAGACUGCUCAGUGUUGCCGCCUCCGAGAACGGAGGCAGUGAUGGCGGCAACGAAGAUGAAGUUCAGUACAGCAAGACGCAGUACGGAUACGGCGAUGAGCUGGAGGCGGGGUAUGAGGACGAAGAUGACAGCAUGGAGCUGAGUGACGGAGACCUCAACGGCCAUGAUGCGGAAGGAAGCGAUGAUGAUGGCGACACGAUUGAGGAUAUUAUGAACACACCGGGCACGACUGCUCCUCCUGCUCGGCCACAGCACCUCGAUGGCAUCUAUCAGCACGAAUCUCCUACCUGCGACGAUGCGGAGAUCCGAGUGCAGCGCGCUGCAAUUGAGGAGGCCGUGAAGAAAGAGCGAGUCAAUCAGGAGCAUGAGGAGGCAUUUGAUGUUCCAUAUGAUUCUGACUACCUGGACGUGGCGUCUAUCAAGAGGCAGGAUGUUUCACUCAAUCUCUUUGUUGAUUCGUUGUUCCAGACAGCGCAGAUUGCCCAGGUUCAAAGUGGCCUCAGCAGGAUCGAAGAAGAUGAUGAGACAGAGUUUGAGCUAGAUGACUUCAAGAAGUACUCAGGCAAAGAGAAUUCACCGUCUAAGAGCCGGCGCAAUGCCUCGCUGCCGGAAGAGAUUGCUGAGCUUGCCAAAGAAGCCAAUGAAGAAGAGGAUCUUGAGAAGUACCGCGAGAUCGAUCUCGCGCCCAUGGAACCCAUCAUGGAGAGCAAGAAUGCAGGUGAUCUGAUCACGUUUGGAACCUCUGCAACUUCGAGCAUCCUCACACCACCGAUCGACGUCAUCUCCCCUACACGGGUUGCACAGCGGACUGCUUCUGUUGAUCAGACUAGUGCAGUUCAGAAUCUCUUGCUAGCGAAGUCUCCCAUAGACAGCGAAUAUGUUGACAAGUCCAAAACUACCAACGUCGAAACACAAGCACCACCAUCCGAAGCCGUUGCUGCUCUUCCUUCGUUGCCCGCGGAACAGCCCAAAGAAGAUAAAGCAGAUCCAAAAGAUGCGGAUGCGACGCAUGGCUCAGAAGGCAGACAGGUCUCGCUUUUCCAUGAACCCCCGACUUUCGUCAAGGUCGUGGCUUUGCUGCCCGAGACUAUGUUCUGGGUAACAGUUGCCCCCGUCGUGAAGUACAGCAGCAUGGCCUACGAAGCUAUGGUGUCUCAAUUCACGAAGUUGGAGUUGUGA